AUGACAAAUACUCUGAAAAAAGACUAUUUAAAAACUUUUGAUUUGCCGCAAAUUAAUGGAAAAUCAAAUUUUUAUAUAAAUCAUGAUGAUGACGAUGAUGAUCAAGAUAUUUAUAUAUCAGAACGAUCAUCUAUAUCAUCAUCGAAUGACAUGCAUACAACAUCUAGUCAAAAUGUUAAGCGAUUACCAACACCCACGCCAACACCAACAUCACUAUUAUCGUUAGCACAAAAACAAUCUUAUAAUCAUCGAUAUCAUGGUAAUGAAUUUCCCGAAAGUGUUAUGCCAACUAUUGCUCAAUACAAAUUGUUACGUAAGGAAGAAAAGAAAAGGAAAAAUACGCCUCCUAAAGGUCCACCACCCGGUCAAACAGCUGCAGCUUCAUUUUAUGAAACAAAAUCACCUGAAUUAAAAGAGGAGUAUUGUCCUUAUCGAUGUUAUUAUAGAGUUAAAAAUCCUGAUUGGGCAACGACUCAUCGGCAAGCAUCCGACGCUCAACUUCUAAUGAAUGAUUCGCUUGAUUCUUCACAAUAUGCUCAACAACCUGUAUUGAUGACAUCCCCUAUUAAACCAAAACAACAGCCACGAAAAUCUCGUGCUAAUGGUGUGUCAACAUUAAAAACGAAUCAAGAUAAACAACGUCAUGAUCAGAGUGGAAAAGCUUCACCAUCAUCAUCAUCAUAUUUAACAUUUAAUGAAAAUCUUGAAAAUCCUCAUUACCAUCACCAUCACUAUCAUCAUCAUUAUCAACAACAACAACAACAACAACAUAUAGCAUUAGAAAAUUCUGACAAUGACGAAUAUCGAGAACAACUUCCGAAACGUACAAUACCAAAACAACGUCGUAAAUUGAAGAUUGAACAUGAUUUGAAUGAUCAUUAUGUGCCUAUGCAUCCGAAUAGAUCACCUCGAACUUCAAAUAAUUUAAUAAUAACAUCGAAUUCUUUGACAAAUCGAUCAAAGAACCGAUCAAAAAUACCAGAGAAAAGUCCUGCAAAUACUGAUAUUGAAGAAAAUAGUAGACAUCGUUCAACUAAGCCUCAUCAUCAUUCUCCUCCUCCUCCUCCUCCUCAUCAUCAUCAUCAGAAUCUUGCUCAAUCACAUAUUUCUCCCUCGAUCCCCUCACAGCAAAAUUACCAACAUCAUCAACAUCUUCAUAUUCGACGUCGUCCACCAUCUGGUUCACAUGUCACCAGUGAAAUGUCAAUGGUUGAUAGUACAGUAAAGAAAUCCGAUAGACCAACUUAUUUUCAACAACCACGAGAUUCAUUUCAUUCACCAGCAACACCUGUGUACAAUCAAAGUUCUUAUUUACCACCUAUCAUACGUGAUAAUCAUCAUCAUCAAAAAACAAAUACAACUCGAUUUCCUACGGAAUAUUAUGGUACAAUAGCUCGACAAACACAUAGUAAAGAUUGGGAGGAAUCUAUAGAAAUUCCAAAAAUUUAUAAAAACGAACCACAAACACGAUUUUAUGAUCGGUAUUUAAAUACUGUUGUAGACAAAAGACUAGCAGCUAAUUGA